CCGGGAUCCGACAUGGCCCGAGCGGGGUGGCCGGGGGUCACCGGGGGGGCCGUGGCCACCGCCGUGCUGUGGGUGACAGCUGUGGGGGCAGCGACGGGGCGCUGGUGCGAGCGGCCGGUGCAGGUGACAGAACAGGAGGAGGUGACACCACGGCGCGAGGCAGCGGUGCCGUGUCCCAGUUUGUACCAGUACAGCCUGGCCGGGUGGCGGCUGGACCGGGACCGCACCCGCCGGGAGCGCGAGAAUUCCCCCGGUGACACCGGCACCGACCCCCCCCUCUGCUACAUCUACCGCCCCCCGGAGAUGCAGCCGGUGACCCGGAAUCGCACGGAGCGCGGCUGCUGUCCCGGCUGGAGCGGCGCCCGCUGCACCGAGGGCCCCGGCUCCCUGGGCCGCUGUUUCAGCGCGUGGCAGUGCCAGGACAGCGCCGGGGGCCACAACGGCAGCGCCAUGAGCCGCGCCGAGUGCUGCCAGCACCCCUGGGGACACAGCUGGCGCCGCGGGGACAGCGAGGGGCCCUGCCUGCCCUGCACCCGCCUGCCCCUGGGCGGGGACGGGGGGUCCCCGCGCCACCGCAGCCCCCCGGCCACGUGCCAGGCCUGGGCCGGGACGCGGUUCCGCACCUUCGACGGGCGGCACUUCGGCUUCGGGGGCACCUGCCGCUACAGCCUGGCCACCGCCACCGACGGCACCUGGGACGUCACCAUCGGCCUCGGGCACCCCCGGGUGCUGCACAUGACCUUUGGCACAGACACGGUGGUGGCCCAGGGACGGAACGUGUCGGUGAACGGGGCAGCGGUGCCGGAGGGACGCCCCUACCUGCACAAAGGGCUCGGUGUCACCUGGCCGGGUGACUGGGUGGCCGUGGCCAGCAGCCUGGGCGUGCGGGUGGCCUGGGACGGGCACCUGGCAGUGACAGUGACAGCGGAGCCUGAGCUGCGCGGGGGCACCUGGGGGCUCUGUGGCACCUACACCGACGACCCUGCGGACGAUUUCGUGCGCCCUGAAGGGGACAUCGCUGCCUUCGCCGCCGCCUUUGGCAGCGCCUGGAAGGUGCCGGCGGCGGGCACAGAGCCCCCAUGCAGGGACGUGUCGGAGGGUGGCUCCAGGUGUGGCCCGGGUGAGGUGGCAGCGGCGGUGGCCACCUGCGGGCGGCUGCUGGCCCAGCCCUUCCGGCAGUGCCACGGCGAGGUGGACCCCAGCGGGUUUUACGCAGCGUGUGUGGUACUGCUGUGCGGGGACUUGGACCCCGUGUCCCCCUCCAGUCCCCUGUCACCCCCUGGUACCCCGCCACCCCCCGUGCCACCCCCCGGUCCCCCGCCCCCCGCCGCCUGCGACACCUUGGCCGCCUACGCCCGGGAGUGCUCCCGCCGCCAGCUCCACGUCCCCUGGCGCCAUCCCGGCUUCUGCGAGCGCCGCUGCGGCGCGGGGCAGCGCUUCUCGGACUGCGUGUCGCUGUGCCCGGUCACCUGUGCCACCGCGGGCGGCGCCGAGCAGGGCCCGUGCCAGCGCCACUGCCACGGCGGCUGCGAGUGCGGCCCGGGGCUGGCCCGCGACGGCCCGAGAUGUGUCCCCCCCGCCGCGUGUCCCUGCCACCACCGGCGACAGCGCUACGAGCCCGGCCAGAGCAUCCGCCAGCGCUGCAACCGCUGCACGUGCGAGGCCGGGCGCUGGCGCUGUGACCAGCAGCGGUGUCCGGCCGAGUGCGCCGUGCUGGGGGGACGUCACUUUGUCACCUUCGACCGCCGCCGCUUCUCCCUGCCGGCCCCCUGCGCCCACACCCUGGUGGAGGACUUCGUGGCGGGGCGGCUGCUGAUCACAGCGGAGCACGAGCCCUGUGCCAGCCGCGGGUCCCCGGGCUGUCCCCGCACCCUCACUGUCACCACCGGCCGCACCACGGCCCGGCUGCACGGCACAGGGGAGGUGACAGUGGCCGGGCGGGAGGUGACGCUGCCCUUCUCCGGUGCCGAGCUGAGCAUCCGCCGCGCGUCCUCGGCCUUCCUGCACCUGCAGGCGCCCGACGCCCACCUGCUCUGGGGCCUGGGGACUCCCGACACCUUCAUCACCCUGCAGCCCGCCAUGGCCGGCACGGUGCGGGGGCUCUGCGGGACUUUCAACGGGGACCAGCGCGACGAGUUCACGACUCCGGACGGGGACGUGGAGCCGGGAGUCGCCGCCUUCGCCAACGCGUUCCGGGCGGCCGGAGCCUGCCCGGCGCUGGGCCCCGCCGUUCCCGACCCCUGCGCCGCCUUCCCCGGGAGCCGGGAGCGCGCCGAGGCCGCCUGCGCCGUGCUCGUGGGGCCGGCGUUCCAGCCGUGUCACCGCGUGGUGGAUCCGGAGCCGUUCGUGGAGCUGUGCCGGUGGGACGUGUGCUCCUGCCGGGAGCCGGAGCGGGAGCGCUGCCUGUGCCCGGCGCUGGGCGCCUACGGCCGGGAGUGCGCCCGGGAGGGGACGGAGCUGAGCUGGAGGAACCGGAGCCUCUGCGACGAGCCGUGUCCCGGGGGGCAGCAGUACCGGGACUGUGGGGGUCCGUGCGGCCGUUCCUGCUCAGAGCCCCACAACGCCAGUGACUGUCCCCCUCCGGACACCCUCUGUGUCCCCGGCUGUCGCUGCCCCGAGGGGCUGCUGCUGGCCCAGGGCGGGCAGUGUGUCCCCCCUGCCGCCUGCCCGUGUCCCCGCGGUGCCCGCCUGUACCCCCCCGGCGCCCGCAUCCGCCGCGGCUGCCAGGCCUGUGUGUGCACGGGGGGGUCGUGGCGCUGCGCCCCCGCCCCGUGUCCCCCCGCCCCGCGCUGUCCCCCGGGGCUGCUGCACGCUCCGGGCUCCUGCCUGCGCCGCUGCGACCCCGCCGAGCCCUCCGGCACCUGCGGCGGCCCCGCCGACGGCUGCGUGUGUCCCCCCGGGACCCUGUUCCUGGACGGGCGCUGCGUGUCGCCGGACGAGUGUCCCUGUCACCACGGCGGGCAGCUGUACCCGCCCAACGCCACCAUCGCCCGCGACUGCAACACCUGCGUGUGCCGGGGACAGCGGUGGCACUGCGGGCGCGAGGAGUGCGCGGGGACCUGCGUGGCCACGGGGGACCCCCACUAUGUCACCUUCGAUGGCCGCGCCUUCACCUUCGCGGGGGACUGCGAGUACCUGCUGGCGCGCGAGGCCACCGGGCUCUUCGCUGUCACCGCCGAGAAUGUCCCCUGCGGUGCCACCGGCGUCACCUGCACCAAGUCCGUGGUGGUGGCCAUGGGCAACACGGUGGUGCACAUGCUGCGGGGGCGGGAGGUGACAGUGAACGGGGUGGCCGUGCGACCCCCCAAGGUGUUCGGGGGGUCGGGGCUGGCGCUGCAGCGCGCGGGGCUCUUCCUGCUGCUCCUCACCCGCCUGGGGGUGGCCGUGCUGUGGGACGGAGGGACCCGCGUGUACGUGCGCGUGUCCCCGCGGCUGCGCGGGCGCCUGGCCGGGCUCUGCGGCAACUUCGACGGCGACGCCGAGAACGAUUUCGGGAGCCGGGACGGGGCCCUCGAGGCGAUCCCCGAGGUCUUCGGGGACUCCUGGCGCCUCAGCCCGCUCUGCCCCGAGGCCGACGGGCACCGCCCGCACCCCUGCGAGGAGAGCCCCCAGCGCUCGGCCUGGGCGCGGGGGCGCUGCGGGGUCCUGCAGCACCAGCUCUUCGCCCCCUGCCACGAGCUGGUGCCCCCCCAGCGCUUCUACGAGUGGUGCCUGUUCGACGCCUGUGGGUGUGACAGCGGCGGGGACUGCGAGUGCCUGUGCACGGCCCUGGCCGCCUACGCCGAGGAGUGCGGCCGGCGGGGGAGAGCCCUGCGCUGGCGGAGCCAGGGGCUGUGCCCGCUGCAGUGCGAGGGGGGGCAGGAGUACAACCCCUGCGGCCCCCCCUGCCCCCCCACCUGCCGCGACCUCGGCCGGGACCCCCCCGAGCUGUGCGGGGCCCUGGGCUGCCUCGAGGGCUGCUUCUGCCCCCCCGGGCGGGUCCUGCACGACGGGCUGUGCGUGGAGCCCCCCGCCUGUCCCUGCUUUUGGGACGGCUUCGCUUUCCCGGCCGGGGCCACCGUGACCCAGGGCUGCAGCAACUGCACGUGCCUGGAGGGGCGCUGGCAGUGCCCCCCGAGCCCGGCCCCGUGUCCCGCCGCCGCCGGCUGCGCCCCGUGGGAGUUCCGGUGCCGGGGCGGGGGUCUCUGCGUGCCGGGGGCCUGGCUCUGCGACAACGAGGACGACUGCGGGGACGGCUCGGACGAGCUGUGCGACCCCCCCUGCGCCCCCCAGCAGCCCCGCUGCCCCGGCGGGCGCUGCCUGCCCUGGGGGGCUCGGUGUGACGGUGUCACCCACUGCCCCGACGGCUGGGACGAGGCGGGGUGUCCGGGCCGGCCCUGCGCCCCCCCCGAGUUCGCCUGUGCCGGGGGGCGCUGCCUCCCCCCCGCCCGGGUCUGCGACGGGCGGCUCGAUUGUCCCCCCGGGGACGACUCGGACGAGGCGGGCUGCGCCCCCCGGUGCGGGCCGGGGCAGUUCCGCUGCGGGAGCGGCCGGUGUGUCCCGUACCCGCACCGCUGCGACGGCCGCGACGACUGCGGGGACGGCAGCGACGAGAGCGGCUGCGCCUGCCCCGAGGGGCACCUGCCGUGUCCCGGGGGGGGCUGCCAGCCCCCCGCCGCCCUCUGCGACGGCCACCGCCACUGCCCCGACGGCGCCGACGAGGCCGACUGCCCCGCGCGGGCCACCUGCGCCCCCGGGACCGUGCCCUGCCCCGACGGCUCCUGCGUGCCGGAGGUCGCGGUUUGCGACGGCGCUCGCGACUGUCGCGACGGCUGGGACGAGAGCCCGGCGGGGUGCGCGGUGGCGCUGCCCCCCGCGCCGCUGUCACCUGUCACCGCUGUCACCGCUGUCACCGCUGUCACCGGCACUGUCACCGCUGUCACCGCCGGCACUGCCACCGCGGUCACCAGCGCCAUCGGCACUGUCGCCAGCACUGUCGCUGUCAGUGACGCUGACACUAUCGCCGACACCGUCCCCGACACCGCUACUGCCACCGCCGCUGUCGCCGACACUGCGAUUGUCGCCGACACUGUCACUAUCGGUGACACUGUGAUUGUCGCCGACACUGUCACUAUCAGUGACACUGUGAUUGUCGCCGACACUGUCACCGUCCCCCACGCUGUCCCCGGCCCUGCCAACGCCUCGGCGGCGCCGUGUCCGCCCCGGUCCCUGCGCUGCGACAGCGGCGGCUGCGUCCCGCGGGGGUGGCGCUGCGAUGGCGACAGCGACUGUCCCGAUGGCAGCGACGAGGGGGGCUGCGAGUCCCCGUGCGCCCCCGGCCACCUGCCCUGCGCCCCCCCCUGCGGGCCCGGACGCGCCCCCUGCGCCCCCAUCUGCGUCCCCCCGAGCCGCCUCUGCGACGGCGUCCCGCAGUGUCGCGACAGCGCCGAUGAGAGCCCCGAGCUCUGUGAGCCCCCCGGCCCCGGGAGCAGCCCCGGGGGUCCCUGCGCAGAGUUCGACUGCGGGGACGAGGGAUGUGUCACCUUCCACCAGGUGUGUGACGGGCUGCGGGACUGCGGCUCGGCUGGGGACGAGCGGGGCUGCGGCCUCUGGGGUCCCUGGGGGCCCUGGGGGUCCUGCAGCCGCCCCUGCGGGCCCGGGGGACAGCGCCGUGCGCGGGGGUGUCACCAGAGCCACCCCGGGCUGCUCCGGGCGUGCCGCGGGCCCCGCGAGCAGGAGAGACCCUGCUUCCACCGGGCCUGCCCGGUGGACGGCGCGUGGGGGCCGUGGGGAGCCUGGUCCGAGUGCCCGGGGGGCUGCGGGGGGGUCCGGCUGCGCAGGAGGGGCUGCCAGCCCCCCCAGAACGGCGGCCGCGCCUGCGAGGAGCUGCCCGGGGGGAGCCCCGGGGCCCUGGAGAUGGCCCCCUGUGCCCCGGGGGGGUGCCCCAACGCCUCGCAGUGCCCCGAGGGGCUGCGCCCCCUCCCCUGCGCCCCCUGCCCCGCCUCCUGCGCCGACCUCGCUGCCGCCGUCACCUGCCCGCGCCCCCCGCCCUGCCGCCCAGGGUGCUGGUGCCCGGCGGGGCAGGUGCUGGACGCCCCCGAGCCCGGCGCGGGGCCCGGGGGGUGCGUGCGGCCUCGGGAGUGCCCGUGCCGGGCCGGGGGGCGCAGGUACCCCCCGGGAGCCCCGGUGCCACUCGGGUGUCGCCUCUGCACCUGCCUCGAGGGACACCUGCGGCACUGCCGCCCCCACCCCGGCUGCUCAGUGGACUGCGGGUGGUCCUCGUGGUCGCCGUGGGGGCCGUGCGCGGGUUCCUGCGGGACCCCCGGCGUGCAGUGGUCGUUCCGCAGCCCCUCGAACCCGGCGCGGCGCGGGGGGGGCCGGCACUGCCGCGGCAUUUACCGCAAGGCGAGACGGUGCCACACGGCGCCGUGCCGGCGGUGCCACGAGCGGGGCCGGUGGCGCGUCCCCGGGGAGCGCUGGCGCGGGGGUCCCUGCCGGGUGUGCCAGUGCCUGCCGGGGGGGGCCGUCCGCUGUGUCCCCUACUGUCCCCUGCGCCACUCCGGCUGUCCCCAGGGCCAGGUGCUGCGCGAAGGUGACCCCGGCUCCUGCUGCUCCUGCGGCCCCGCGGGUGACAACGCCACGGCCACCCCGCCCGCGAUGGUGACAGCGCUGUCCCCCCCCGCGCCGGCCGAGACCCCCGGCAGCGCCGGCCCCACGGCCGGGCCGCCCCUCCCCUCCACGUCAGAGUGGCCCGGAAGCGCCGAGACCCCCCCGGAGCCCCCCAGAACCGGGACCCCCCCCGAGGACACCCCGAGACCCCCCGGAGGCUCCGCGACCCCCCAGGAGCCCCCCCAGCUCCCUGCGCGGCCCUCGCUGGCUCCCACGGGGGUCCCCGCCGCGACCCCCCCAGGCUGCGCCCCCCCGCCCUGGGGGGGGUGGGGGUCCUGCAGCCGCUCCUGCGGGGUGGGGGUCGCUCUGCGGCGCCGGAGGGAGACCCCGCCCGAGGGGGGCUGCGCCCACCCCCCCAACAUCGACAGCCGCGUCUGCUUCCUGCGGGCCUGCCCAGUCGCGGGCGGGUGGGCGCCCUGGGGGUCCUGGAGCCCCUGCGGUGCCCCGUGCGGGGGGGGACAGCAGAGCCGCCGCCGCAGCUGCAGCGACCCCCCCCCAAAAAACGGGGGGCGGCCGUGCGAGGGAGGGGCCCUGCAGAGCCGGCCCUGCAACCUGCGGCCUUGUGGGGACCCCCCAGCCUGCCCCCCCCAGAUGCUGCUGGUGCCCCCGGGGGGGUGUGAGGAUCUGGGGGUCCCCCCCUGCCCCCCCACCUGUGCGGACCUGAAUGGGAACCUCUCGUGCCCGGGGGACUGCGAGGAAGGGUGCCGGUGCCGGCCCGGGCUGGUCCUGCAGGGGAGCGGCUGCAUCGAGCCCGGCGCCUGUGGGGUCCCUGCGGGGGUGUUGGGGGACCCCAGGAACCGGGGCCCCCCUGAAUCCUGCGGGUGGUCGCGCUGGACCCCCUGGACCCGCUGUGACUGUGACACCGGGACCCGGCAGCGCUUCAGAUCCCCCACCAACCCCGCGGCCGCGCCGGGCGCUGCCCCCUGUUCCGGGCCCCCCCGAGAGGUUCGGGGCUGUGCCGAGCUCUGCGGACCCGAGCCCGAGAGCGCGGGGACACCCGGGGCCACCGAGGAGCCCACCGAGGUGCCGGGGUCCCCAGGGUCACCGUGGGUCACAGAGCCCCCGGGAGUGCCGGUGUCACCGUGGGGCACAGAGCCCCCGGAGUCCCCGGUGUCACCGUGGGGCACAGACACCCCGCAGUCCCCGGUGUCGCCGUGGGUCACAGAGCCCCCGGAGUCCCCGGUGUCACCGUGGGGCACAGACACCCCGCAGUCCCCGGUGUCGCCGUGGGUCACAGAGCCCCCGGAGUCCCCGGUGUCACCGUGGGGCACAGAGCCCCCGGAGUCCCCGGUGUCGCCGUGGGUCACAGAGCCCCCGGAGUCCCCGGUGUCGCCGUGGGGCACAGAGUCCCCGGAGUCCCCGGUGUCGCCGGUCGCCGCCCGUGAGGCCGGGUGCCCCCCCGGCCGGACGUUCCGCGAGUGCGGGGGGGACUCCGGGUGUCCCCGGAGCUGCGCCCACCUUGGGGGGGCCGUGGGGUGCGCGGGGGGGUGUCAGGAGGGCUGUCACUGCCCCCCCGGCACCUUCCUGCACCGCCACACCUGCCUGCAGCCCCAGCAGUGCCCCUGCUCGGUGCCGGCCGCGCUGCUGCGGGGGGGCACGCCCGGAGCCCCCCCCGAGACCACCCCCGGGACCACCCCCGGGACCACCCCCGGGACCACCCCCGGGACCACCCCCGGCACCACCGCCGGGACCACCCCCGGGACCACCCCCAGCCCGGAGCCCUCCGGGACCCGCCCCGGGGACCCCCCGAUCCUGGAGCUGCCGCCGGGCGGGACCGUGCGCGUGGGGUGCGCCCGCUGCUCGUGCCUGUGGGGCAACCUGCGCUGCGCCCCCCCCGGGGGCUCCCCCUGCAACGAGACCCGCACGGAGAGCCCGCGGUGCCCGAGCCCCCCCUGCGCCGAGGAGCCCGGUCCCACAGCGGAUCUCAGCCCCACAGCGGAUCUCAGCCCCCCAUCGGAUCUCAGCCCCACAUGGGAUCUCAGCCCCACAUCCGAUCUCAGCCCCACAGCGGAUCUCAGCCCCCCAUCGGAUCUCAGCCCCACAUCCGAUCUCAGCCCCACAUCCGAUCUCAGCCCCACAUCGGAUCUCAGCCCCCCAUCGGAUCUCAGCCCCCCAUCGGACCUCAGCCCCACAUGGGAUCUCAGCCCCACCGCCCCAGGGGACGAGGAGGAGCUGGGGGUGUCCCCGGCAGUCCCGGCGGUGCCGUGGGGGCCGUGGGGGCCGUGGGGGCCCUGCAGCCGCACCUGCACCCACCCCGAGAGCCCCGCCAGCCGGAGCCGCCACCGGGACUGCGCGGGGGGAAACUGUGGGGCGGGGGGCAGCACCCAGAGCCGGGCCUGCAACCUGCCCCACUGCCUGGCCCCCCCGUGCCUGACGCCCCCCUGCCCGUGCCGCUGGAGCCCCUGGGGGCGCUGGGGGUCCUGCUCGCGGCCCUGCGGGGGGGGGCAGCAGCGGCGGCUCCGCGCCUUCAUCCCCCCCGGGCCCGGGGACCCCUGGUGCCCCCAAAUCCUGGGGGGACACGAGCAGCGGCGGCCGUGCGGGGUGACGGCGUGUCGGGUGAACGGCGCGUGGUCCCCGUGGGGUCCCUGGUCGCGCUGUGACGUCACGUGCGGGGGGGGCCGCUCCGUGCGCAGCCGCUCCUGCUCCAGACCCCCCCCAAAAAACGGGGGCAGCCCCUGCCCCGGGGGGGGGCACGAACUGCGGGUCUGCAACCCCCGGGCCUGCGGCCCGCGGUGCCCCCCCGGGCAGACCCUGUCCCCCUGUGCCAGCCACUGCCCGCGGAGCUGCCGGGACCUGCAGGAGGGGGUGUCCUGUGCGGGGGGGGCCCCGUGCGAGCCCGGCUGCCGCUGCCCUCCCGGGACCCUGGAGCAGGACGGGGGCUGCGUCCCCCCCGCGCUGUGCGAGUGCCUGGACUCGGGGGGGACCUCUGGGUGCCGGGGGGGGGGCGCGCACCCCCGGGGCUGCCACAACUGCUCCUGCGCGGGGGGGCGGCUGCGCUGCGUGCCCGGGGGGUGUCCCCCCCCCACCUCCACCCCCGGGACCCCCCCCGGGACCCCCGCCUGCAGCUGGAGCCGCUGGAGCCGGUGGGGAGCCUGCAGUGUCACCUGCGGGGGGGGGCGGCAGGAGCGGUACAGGACUCCCAUCCCCGCCGAGGGCGCGGGGGGACCCUGCGGGGCCCCCCAGGAGCAGGUUCGGGGGUGCGAGGAGACGCCGUGCCCCCCUCUGUGCCCCUGGGCGGGGGGCGAGCGGGGGCUGGGCGAGCGCUGGAGCCCCGGCCCGUGCCGGGAAUGCACCUGCACCCCCGAGGGACCCGAGUGCCGGGACACCCCCUGUGCGGCCGAGCCGUGCGACUGGAGCCCCUGGGGGCCGUGGGGACCCUGCGGAGACCCCUGUGUGGGGGGGUCCCGCCUGCGCCACCGGCACCCCCUGAACCCCGAGACCCCCGGGCGGGCGUGUGCGGGGGUCCGGACCGAGAGCGAGAGCUGCAGCUCCAGCGGCUGCCCAGAUCCCGGCUGCGGCGGGGGGGGCCGGACCCGCAGUCCCUGCGCCGGGCGCUGCCCCCGGACCUGCUCCGACACCUGGGCCCAGGUGCUGUGUGUGCAGGGACCCUGCGAGCCAGGGUGCCGCUGUCCCCCCGGGCAGCUGCUGCAGGACGGGCGCUGUGUCCCCCUGAGCCGCUGCCGCUGCGGGACCCCCGGCGGCGACAACCGAGAGCUGUCCCCGGGGGCCGGGACACAGAUCGGGUGUCACAACUGCACCUGCGAGAACGGGACCUGGAGCUGCCCAGGGCUGGCGUGUCCCUCCCCGGGGCCCGCGACUCCCGCGAUCCCCACGUCCCCCUCGUCCUCACUGUCCCCUCUGUCCCCUCUGUCCCCCGUGUCACCCCUCUCUCCCGAGCCCCCCCCGUCCCCCGCCGUGUCCCCCUGGUCCCCCUGGUCCCGCUGCUCCCGCAGCUGCGGCGGCGGGACGCGGAGGCGGCACCGGCAGUGCCCGGAGAGCCCCGGGCCGGGGUCGCGGUGCGGGGACAGCCCCGGGGAGGAGACGGAGCCGUGUAACCGCCAGGAGUGCCCCGGCUGCCCCCCGGGCGAGGUGUGGCUGGACCCCGGCCCCACCUGCGAGCGCAGCUGCCAGGACCUGGCGGAGCCCCCCGGGACUUGCGGGGGGACCCCCGUGACCCUCGGAACCUCCGGAUCCCUCGCGACCCCCGGGACCCCCGGAACUCCGGACACCUCCAGCACCCCCGCGACCCCCACGACCCUCGGGACCCCCUGGGCCCCCCCGCGCUGCGCCUGCGCCCCCGGCCGGUACCGGAACGGCUCCGGGCAGUGCGUGAGCGCGGGGAGCUGCGGGUGCCGGCACCGCGGGGCGCUGCGGGCGGCCGGCAGCGAGUGGCAGGAGCAGUGCGGGACCUGUCGCUGCUCCGAGGGACGCGUCACCUGCGCCACCUCCUGCCCCGCGCUCACCUGCCCGGAGGGCACGGAACCGGUGCGGGAGCCCGGGAGCUGCUGCCCCGUGUGCCGGGACGAGUGGCCAGAGGAGCCCCCCGGGCCGUGCCGGCUCCUCACGGCGCUCCGGACCAUCGCCAAGGGCGCGUGUGUGCUGCGGGGUGUCCGUGUCACCUACUGCGCGGGGGCGUGCCGCUCCCGCACCGCCGUCAGCGCCCAGGAGCCGUACGUGCGGUCGCUGUGCGAGUGCUGCAGUUACCGGCUGGACCCCGCCCGGCCCGUGCGGGCGCUGCUGCUGCCCUGCCCCCGCGGCCGCCCCCGGCCCGCGCUGCUGCCCCGCAUCGCCGAGUGCCGCUGCGAGCCCUGCCGGGGUGCGGGGGGACCGGGGGGACAGGGGGGACAGGGGGGCACAGGGGGGGACCGGGGGCACCGGGGGGACACACGGAGCUCUGCGGGAUGCAGGGCGGGGGUCCCGGGCGGUGUCGCGGCGGGGACCUCACCCGGCGCUGAGGAGCCCCCCGGACGCGACCCCUGCCCCCCCGACAGCGUCGGCAUCGAGGAGUUUCCUGUCGAUACCAAUAAACGACCAAUAAUCGAUGGAGUUCGAGAAUCGAUAAUUAAUCACUGA